AUGACGUCCAGCGGCAGCGCGGCUGUGAGGCAGAUGUUUGAGCGCCAGAGAGAGGAAGUCAAGAGUCUGAAAGUUGAGAAUGCAGAGCGCAUGCGGGCUCUCAAAGAAAAGCAUGCACAUGAGCGAUCGGCUAUGGGUGUGCAACCGCGCGCUCCGAAGAAGUGGUUCCCUGAUGGCCUAGAACCGCCGCCAAGUGCCGACUUCUCCGCAGUCGAGGACGAGAUCACGAAGACCAAGGCUGCGCUGGACGACCUGCAUGUCGUCACAGAGGUCGGUGAGCGCUCCGCCGCCGACACCGUGCGUGCCAUGAAGACGAACUUCUACACCAAUGUGUUGGCAACGGUCGAAUGUCACGCAUGGUCUGUCACGUUCGCAGCGAACUUCCUGACGCUCGUGCGCAUGAACGCACCGAAAUGCUGCAAAUUGUCUUGCUAUGCUGUGGAAGGUGGUCCCGCUUGCAAGCAGGAAGUUCAAUUUAUGAUAUAUGUCCUGCCCAAGAUUGGCUUGCAGCUACAUCCUGAAUUUCCCCAAAGUCUCACAAACCCGACAAGGACCCAUUGGAGAUUCUUUAUGGGCCGAUCUGGUGCGAAGCCGUUUUAUGUCAAUCUCAUUGUGUACCCCACUGUAGCCGACGUGUCUGUUGACCGUGGGCUUGCUCCCUGGAAGAUGUCGGCGUUGGCCCCAAACCUGCACAGGAUCGCUGUCGUCUCAUGUCCUGUCGAGGGCCGCAUGGGAGAGAACAUCAAUGAUGUGCUGAAUGAGCGCAUCAACGAGUCACUCACUCGUGCCGCUCUCCGUGCCGACGCCAAGGGUUUUGUGAGCGAUGACAUGUCCGGGAGCACCGUCGCGGCUUCCACUAAAUUGCUUGACGAUUACCUCGCAUAG